AUGGCCUCUCUCACCACUUACACCCCGAAGGAACCUUGCCCCAUUUGGACCGCCAUUUGGCCGACGGGAUCUCAGAAUUUCAAAUACUCUCAGCGAUCUGAGGAUCUCGAUCGAUACCGACCAUCCCUGCUAGUGUCAGCCUUAGCCCCGAGCGUUUGGAACCCUCUCGAUCCUGCUGCCAUUGGCCCCCAAAUUACUGCACCGUCCACACCGUUAUUUUGCCCAUUUCCUCAACUCGCCAGAUUCCAGAAUGCCAGCCAGCGCGCGGAUUCUGUGACUCCGAAGUACGGUGUAUACACACACCGAGUUUCCCGCCCUCAGCGACUCAGCUACUCCGCUCCUCAGCCAGCCUGUCGUCCCUCGAUCAGUGGCCCCCUCCUCCUCCCCCCUUCCCGGUCGAUCCCCCGGCCAACCCCUCCUGCCAAUGCGACUACAACAGAGGCUCGGGUGGAUGACUCGAACCGCACGAAGCCUCGACCCCGGCUGAAUGUUUGA